CUGACGGCAGUAGCCGCGGCGACGACAGCGCAGACGGUGAAGCGCAUUGUAAAGAUUGGAAGUGUUGUGGUGGAUUAAUGUAUGCUCAAGAGCGGUUUUGUGGUGGAUUGAUGUAUGUUGCUAAAAAGAGCCGACAAGAUGUUGAAGAAGAAGAACAAAGGAACAAAGACGAAGAGCUGGUGAAAGGGGAAGUGGUCGAGGGAGGCUGUGGAAACGGCAGUCGCAACUUUGAUGAACGCAAACGGGGAAGGGCAGGGUUGGAUUCAAUCGAUCUUUCCACCACGUGGGUUGUUCGGUGGGUAAUGGCUGGGAGUUUGGAGCAGUGAAAGCCGGACGCAGAGGGACGUAGUCAAAUGUGAACGGCCAGAGCAGCAAAGCAAGGAUAGAGUCCUCAGCGCAAGCAGCGGAAAGGACAAAUAUAAUAAUAAUCAAUCAUGGGCGCGAGGCUGGGAUUCAGUCACACAAAUCUCACUGGCGCAGAGGGAAACACCCGCCCCUGCGCCACGAGCCACGCACCCAGUGAAAGCAGCACAAACAAGGCUGCUGAUCGCACUCUGGGACCUCUUUUAGGCGCGAAUCUACUUUUGAUUGCGGCUGCGCAAUCCGCAGUGCGCACACCGUGGUGGCCCCAAGGCCCCAAAUUGAGGUCCGGGACAAAGAUAUCGAGAAACAAGCUUUGGCCAAAGCGAUUGAAACAUGCAGGCACCGCAGAGAAACAACCCGCAUCGUCCAAUCAGCCCGCCCGUCGAGUCUCAGGAACCCGCAGUGUACGCGCCCACGACUGGGAGGCCGACCGGGUGUGGUCUCUCGCGUGUGUGCAUUCACCCCCUCCCUUCACUGGGCGCUCUCUCAUCACCACCCGCUCUCUUGACGCUCUGCUGUGCUGUCACCCAGAUGCAAACCGUGAGACUCUCGUGGCAUGUUGCUCCAGCAAUAGAUGAUCGCUUUGUUGGUUUCUCUUGUCGCAAGCUGGCAACCAGAUGCGGUCAGAAAAGGCUUC